AUGCCUCACUUAGAUAUAACUGCUUAUUUAACUCAAUAUAGCUGGACACUAAUAAUUUUGUUAGCACUUUAUAGUAUUAUGAGUUUAUUUAUUUUACCUAAAAUUCAAAAUAAUUUACGUAUAAGAAGUAUACUACAGGAAGAGGGGGCAGCCCCUAGUAAGGGACUCGGGGUUAAUCGAGCAUAUGCUAUACUACAAGAUAUACUCCGUAGAUAG